AUGGAGGUAGAGGCAAAGGAACGGGAAGCGUUAGCCUCUAGGACCUACGGCAAGGAUGCCUUGGAUCACACUAUAGCUGCCGCGGAGCUAUAUAUGAAGGCCGCCCGGGCGGCGUCUAUCCCAGGGGAGAAGAGCCGCCUUACCAAGAAAUGCCACGAGGUUCUCUCGAGGGCUGAGGCCCUUAAGAAGCUGGGUCAGGACAGAAAUAGUGUCGAGAUCGUGGAAAAACGCCUGAAGCUGCCACGACCGACGCGCCAGGUCCCAGCAAGUGAACAGGCCAUCUUGCUUCGUAGUUCCCGCUUGCAUGGGAACAUCUUUCCGCCUUGGGAGUCGGAUCCCGACCCCAACGAAUUCAGCGACGAGCUUUUCGGCGACCCCUCGGAGUUCUCCCUUUCCGAACGCCAAAAGGCCGUCUUCGCAGGCUGGAAGAGGCCGCUGGAUAUCGUAGGCUCAGGCGCCCAACCAGAUCCCAACAGCCAGGACGAUGGCUUCCUUAUGGAGGCCAAACUCGACUACGACUUAGUUCAGGACGUAACAACAGACUGUUCGGUCGUUGCGAGCCUCUGUGCUAGCAUGAGACACCUCCGCCCGGGCCCUACGUCCAUCUUACCCACCAUAAUGUUCCCUUGCGAUUUACAGAGUGGGCAGCCGAACAUCUCUCGUAGUGGGAAGUACGUGUUUCGCAUGUUCUUCAACGGCUGCUUUCGAAAAGUAGUUAUCGAUGACCGGCUCCCUUCCUCCUCCAACGACCGCACUCUCUACGUCGUGGAUCGUCAGAAUCCGGGCCUCGUCUGGCCCGCCCUGAUGGAGAAAGCCUACCUCAAGGUUCGGGGCGGCUACGAUUUCCCUGGAAGUAACUCCGGCACCGACUUGUGUGCGCUCACAGGUUGGAUACCGCAGCAACUGUUCCUGCAAAGUGACGAAAUUGACUGGGACCGAACAUGGAAACGUGUUAAGAAGGCCUACGAUUACGGCGACGUAGUAAUCACGUUGGGAACUGGCCGGCUCUCACCUGAUGAGGAGGAGACUCUGGGCCUGGCCGGCGAACACGACUAUGCAGUGCUCGAUAUGGCCGAAACUCAAGGGAACAGAAAAAUGCUGGUCAAAAAUCCGUGGUGCGACGGCCUCGUCUGGAAAGGGGUAGGCUCGUCUGAAGCAGCGUCGCAGGCGACGGCAGAUGGCCAUCCUGUCAAGUUGAAGCCUGGUUCGUUCUGGAUUAGCUUUGACGACGUGACACAGAACUUCGAGUCGCUGUAUCUGAACUGGAACCCGAGCCUCUUCACCGAGCGCCAGGACCACCACUUUACGUGGAAACCCCCGCAGGCAAUCAUCGCCGGCUCGUUCGUGCACAACCCGCAAUACUCGAUGGAGGCCGCGGCAGACGGCAGCACGUGGAUUCUGCUGAGCCGUCACUUCCAGGAUGGUGAGCUGGAAAUCAUGCGUAACCACCAGGUCACGACCUCGCUGGCCGCCGUCUCGAGCAAGCUCGGUUUCAUGAGUGUGUACGUCUUCGCCGACGGCGGGGGCAAGCGCGUGCAGUUGAGCGACCGGCCGGUGUACCGCGGCGACUUCGUCGACUCGCCGCAGAUGCUCGCGCCCUUCGAGGCGAAGAAGGGCGUCCGGUACACGGUCGUCGUCGCGGCGCAGGAGCUGCCGCUGCCGCAGUACUCCUUCACGCUGUCCUUUUUCUCGCGCGCGGCGCUCGCCGUCGCCCCGGCGCAGCCGCCCUUUCGCCACUACGCCGAGGUCCGCGGCAGCUGGACCCGGCGCACGGCCGGCGGCAACGCCGCCGCCCCGACGUACGUGCAGAACCCGCAGUUCGGCGUCACGCUGCCCCAGGCGGGGCCGCUCUCGCUGCUGCUCUCGACCGCGCGCGACGACCUGCCCGUCCACGUCGACUUGGUGUGGGCCGCGGGCCGCCGCGUCGUCGCGGUCGGGAACCGCGACCUCGUCGUGACGUCGGGCGACUACCGGCGCGGCUGCGCGCUCGCCGAGAGCGCGUCCGUGGACGCGGGCGCGUACACGGUCGUCUGCUCGACCUUCGAGCCCGGCUGCCUCGCUGACUUCGUCCUGCGCGUCGGCUCCGACUGCCCCGUCACCAUCGCGCCCGUCCUCGCCGACGCCGCCGGCCGCCUGCGCACCCACCUCCCCAUCCUCGCCCCCGGCGGCGCCGGCAAGGUCCGUGCCGUCGUGUCGGCCGCGCGGCUCACGCGCGCCAGCGUCGUCGUGACGCGCAGCGGCGACGGCGGCGGCAAUAGCAGUAAUAAUAGCGCCCAGCAGCAGCAGCCUCUCAACCAUCCCGGCAGCGGGAGCAGCACGCCGCGCCCGCGCCCGACGGUCCGCGUCAGCCUCGAGUACGGCACGGGCCCGGACAAGGCCGUGCUCGCGUCGACCGACGACGACGGCAACUACUACCACCAAUACGACGUCGACGGCCGCGGGGCGGCGGCCCCGGGGGCGGGCCGGACGGGGACGCUGGCUCGGGCGGCGGCGGCGGCGGCGGACGUGGGGUCGGCGGCCGGGCCCGGCGAGUUCCGCGUGGUCGGCCCCGCGGGCCUGCGCACGCCCGAGUUCGACAUCGACCCGCGCGCCCGCGGCGGCCGCCCGCUCUGGCUCGUCGUCGAGCAGCUCGGCCUGUACCACGGAGGCGGCGGAGGAGGCGCCGCCGACGGCCUGCUGGUCGAGAUCCUGAGCGAGGGCCCCGUGCGCGCCGGCGCGUGGGAGGCGGUGGACGAUUGA